AUGCCUCGACCGUCGGCUAGACUCAAAAACAGCAACCCUAGUUAUUAUCCACCAAAAAAAAUUUUUUUUAAUUUUUUUCGUUUUUUAGGUAAAAGAGGGCAGGGGGGUGGUGUGGGAUAUAAUGUCUCCUCCCUUCCAUUUAUUUUUAAAAUUUUAUUUAAAAAAUAUAUAUAUUUUUUUUUUCAGAUUCAUUUUGUAUUUAUAUCCAAAGCUUUAACUAAAUAUUGGAUUUUUCUGGUUGUAAUUUGCCUUUUAUUCAACACUCCUUUAGCUUCCAGCAACAAUUUAUUUUCUAUUGGAUUUUUUAUUUUCUUUGUUUUUCUUUUGCUUAUAUUUCAGAUUUCGUUUCGCUUCUUCCGCAACACAAUAUUUGCUUUUUUAACAUUAUUAAUAAUUUAUUCUUCCCUUGUGCUCAUUUCAAUUUAUUGUUAUCAAUUUCCAAGUGUUCCUGAAUUUUUGAAUAAAUUAACUGGAUUAAAUUUAAAAUUGGCUGAAGAAAUUGGGUUACAAAAAUAUGAGGGAGAAGAUUUUGGAGUUUUAUUCUUUCGUUUAAUCAAAUUAAUUUCAUUAAUUAUCGUUACAAUGUUACAACUAAAAUUUUUUCAUCAUGCAUGGUCUAAACUUGUAAGAACUCCAAGUGAUAUUUCACAAGCAGAUAUUGAAAUUAUUGCUUGUAGUAGAGAAUGA